GCUGAGCUAGCGCGUCUGGCUGCCCGGAGCCGGGCGCAGGUGGACACCGGAGCCUGCAGCAGCUCUCGGGGAGCAGAGCAGCGCCGCGGGUUUGCCUGACGGUGGGGGCUCGCAGCCGUGGGGGGCCGGGUCUGCGGCUCUGGCGGGACCGGCGCGCUUUACGAACUUGAAUACAAAUCUUACUGGGACAGCAGAAGAGGAAUAUACAGAGAGAGACCAGUCUUUUUUGUGACCUGUCAACCCAUGAAGAGUGAGUGCUCUCAGCCACCCAAAAAAUACCUUGGGAAAAAUGUAUGCUAGUCGAGAGGAUAUUGGAUAUGAUUUUGGAGAUGACUCAAAAGUUGGAAGUAAGCCAAUUAAGCCUAAUCCAAACAUCGAUGGAGGAUGGGCUUGGAUGAUUGUGCUUUCUUCUUUCCUUGUGCACAUACUUAUCAUGGGGUCCCAAAUGGCCCUUGGAAUACUGAACAUGGAAUGGCUUGAAGAGUUUAAUCAAAGUCGUGGCUUAACAGCAUGGGUUAGUUCCCUCAGCAUGGGCAUUACACUUAUCGUAGGUCCUUUCAUUGGUUUAUUCAUCAGCAUGUGUGGGUGCCGCAAGACAGCUAUAAUUGGAGGGAUACUGAAUGCCCUAGGUUGGAUACUGAGUGCCUAUGCCUCAGAUGUGCACUACCUCUUCCUUACAUUCGGAGUGACAGCUGGCGUUGGAAGUGGCAUGGUUUAUCUGCCUGCAGUGGUCAUGGUAGGGCAGUAUUUCCAGAAGAGAAGAGCGCUUGCACAAGGACUCAGUACCACAGGAACAGGGUUUGGAGCUUUCCUAAUGACUGCGUUACUAAAGCACCUCUGCAUUGAGUUUGGGUGGAGGAACGCCAUGUUCAUCCAGGGCGCCAUCUCCCUGAACCUUUGUGUCUGCGGAGCGCUUAUGAGACCACUCUUUCCCAAAGAUGUUGUUAGUGAAAAGUAUGUUGUGAGAAGUAAAAGCGAAGAUAACCAGGCAAAAGCUCUGUCCCAUUCUGCAGAGACUAUAAAAUCUAAUGGAGUCCUCGGUGAAGAACUGGAAAAAAAAGAAGAGGCAACAAAUGAAGAAGUGCUUGACAGUGUUCAGCACAUAGAAUCUGGAGGUAAAUCCAGAGAUGGAAGGAGUAUGUAUGGACUGCGCAUUCUUAAGACAGUGAGCCAGCUGACAGUUACAGUCAGGAAGGGCUUUGCAAUAUGGUACUCCAGCUACUUUGGAGCUGCAUCACUGUUUACAAAUAGAGUAUUUGUGGCCUUUAUAAUUUGGGCUUUGUUUGCCUAUAGCAGCUUUGUCAUUCCCUUUAUUCAUCUUCCAGAAAUAGUCAAGCAGUACAACUUGUCUAGUCAGAACAAUAUAUUUCCUUUGACAUCCAUUAUAGCCAUUGUUCAUAUUUUUGGUAAAGUGAUCCUUGGAAUCAUCUCUGAUCUCCCAUGUGUCAGCACAUGGAAUGUCUUCCUCAUGGCUAACUUUACCCUGGUCACUUGCAUUCUUACUUUACCACUAAUGCAAACGUACGUUAGCCUGGCUGUAGUUUGUGCUUUAAUAGGAUUCUCUAGCGGCUACUUUUCUCUAAUGCCUGUUGUGACUGAAGAUUUAGUUGGAACUAAACACCUUGCAAAUGCUUAUGGCAUCAUCAUUUGUGCCAAUGGAAUAUCUGCACUGUUUGGACCACCCUUUGCAGGUUGGAUCUAUGACAUCACACAGAAAUAUGACUAUUCUUUUUACAUAUCUGGCUUGCUAUACAUUGUGGGAAUAGUAUUUUUACUUAUACAACCUUGUAUUCAAAAGAAACAACCAAGAGAAAAAUCUACAGAAGAAGCACAAGUAUAGAACAAAUUCCAGAAGGUUUUUUACAGAAUUUUCUUUGUUUUCACAUUUCUAUUGUAUGACAUUAUGAAGCUGUUUUUCUUAUGAAACCAAUCACAUUGAAGUAUACUUAAGUGAAAAGCAAAUGUGCACCAAAAUGCUAAUAAAUUAUUAGAAACAUGUUUUUUUUUAAGUAAGUUAAGGUCUUUUACUUUAGAACUAACAAAUAAGUGAUUAAAAGCACUAUGCUAGUCUUUUAAAUUUGAAACAAUGCUAGAAGCCUGUAUCUUUGCUUCUCUUUUUACUGCUCACCUCUACCCAUCAGUGAAAUUCCACUGACUGCAGUGCAGUUACUUCUGAUUUACACUGGUCUUAACAAGAGAAUUUGAUCAGGACAUGAAUGAUUUCUAAAAGCCCUUCUUACUACGUAUUCUAUCUAAGAUUAGUUACUGAGUAUGAGAAAAUGACUAUGUUUCUUACCUGGCUAGUCAAGUACUGUUGAAAUGCUAGUACAAUAAUUCAAUUAAUUCAGUGUACUGAAGUUACUAUUUCUGUGAUGCAAAACUGAAGGAAAGUACUUAUAUAUUUUUCUGAAAUUACUCUCUUCUUCAAGGAUUUUUAAAUUAUCAGCUGCAUAAUAAAGGAGCCUUCCUCAAUACAUAGGCUGCAUUAUAAAUGCUGUAACACUUAAUGCUGCUGAAGUAAAACAUAAAAGAAGAAACAGGCAACAGAUGAAAAAUACUACUGUUAUUCACAGACUGGAAAAUGUUUCCAGAAACAGUUGGAAGUUUCUGGUUGCUUUACCAAUUAGAGGUAUUGUAGAACUUCAUAACAUUGCAAUUGACUCCUCCCAUGGGACUUGUCAAGUAAACAACUAAAGAAAGACAGCUAGGCAAAAUUGGCCAAAUAUACUUUUAAGAAAGAACAGGGCUACAGCACACUAGAUUUUGUUGUAAUAAGAUUAAUAACAAAACCUGGUACAUCAUGAGCAGUUGUGUUGCUGCUUAUAAUGCACACCAUAAGCUAAGACUGAUCACCAUGUUUAUUCACUGGAAAAUUAGACAAUGCAGAGCAUGGCAGAGCUAAAGACCAUGUAAAAUAUUCAGAUUAAUAUUUUUAACAUGAAAUAUCUGGUAAUCAAUGCAGAAUGUUUUGUAUGGUGGUGCAGGACACACUUUUUUCAGCUUUGAGAACUGAGUCUGGUGUUCACUUUUCUAUCAAAUAAAAGGUCACUGUAGGUUUUUUCUUUCCAGCUUUUUGAAAGCUUAUUGUGACAAAUCAAGUUCAUAGUUUAACACUGAUACAUGCUGAUGCAAAUCUUUAGGAGCAAUUGAUACUAUUCAAUUGCAUUGAACAAAUCUUGGGAAACAGUUCAAUAUGUAACAAUAUCAUUAUACAGAUAUUUUUUAUAGCUGCAAGGCUGGUUAACAAAAGUUCUGAAACAUAUUUUGCAUUGUUUGCAUUUGCAAUUCAUAGUUUCACACUAGUACAACUGUUGGCAGGGUCAUACUUUAAAAUGUGUCACUGAAAUGAGCCAAAUUAAAAAAGAAAACCUUAGGAAACCCCCAAACUACUUUAAGACUUAGAUCCAUUCAGUCAUACAGGAUAGUUAAGUAUGGCCUUUAAAACUGAUGCUAAAACAACUGAGGAGACAGCAAACUGCAACGCAUGGUAUGAACAUAUCGUAUGAACACAUGGUCGGCAAUGUCUUAAAAUCAGUCUUUUUGUUGGAGGAAAUGGUCAUGUAAACUACACAUUCACAUCAGUUCUUUUGUUACAGGUUUAAUAUCUUGGUGUGAAUGCUGCUGCUGGCUUAUUUUAACUGAGAUAUCUUGGUGUCAUUUAUAUAUUGAAGUGAUGAUUUCCCUCAAUUUCCUUUUUUUCUUUUUGAAAGAUAUGUACCCUUUAUACUUAGAUCUUCACUUUGUCUUUUGUCAAGAUCAACUUUAUUUGCAUAUUACUGUAAAGCAUAAUAUGUUGUUCAUUUAUGAUAUCUGCAAUAUACCUUUCUAUAGAAGUCCU